UAGAGAUGCAUUUUGUUGCUAAGUGAUUUUGUUUUUGCCGGUUGCUGUAAAUAUAUAAUUUUUUAAAAAAGUGACAAUAAGUUAUUUUAAGCUUAAAAGGUUUUUAAUUAGCAAUUAUAAUGAAUCGCGAACCUAGUGCAAGUAGGAGUACGCACGGUUCAUACGUGCAACUGAACACUUUCGAUGACAGGGAGAAUGCUUUUGUGCAAAACAAAGCAUCUUAUCCAACACUUCUACCUUAUGAAAGAUGCUUGUGCACAAAGCGAGAUACGAUUAUUGUAAUGGUUGUGCUGCUUGGUGCUUUUAUUUUAGUAACAACAUCAUUAGCUCUCGGGCUACCGAAGAUAAAUGAAAAACGACUCCAAUAUUUGGAUACUUCAUUUCCUGUAUCAGCAUCACCCAUAUCAUAUUUUGACAAAGCUGUCGUUGUGUCUGAUGGCGGCCCAUGCGCAAAAAUUGGCAAAGACAUAUUACAAGAAGGAGGAAGUGCGGUUGAUGCAGCUAUCGCAGCUUUAAUUUGUGAUGGUGUCGUAAAUCCCCAGAGUAUGGGCAUCGGUGGAGGAUUUCUAAUGACUGUAUAUAUUAGGGAAAGCAAUACUUCGUUUGUGGUUGAUGCUCGAGAAACAGCACCAAAAACUGCUUCACAAAAUAUGUUUGAUUCUAAUUCAACAUUAUCUCAAUUUGGUGGUCUUUCUAUAGCAAUUCCUGGUGAGGUGAAAGGAUAUUGGGUUGCUCAUCAAAAAUUUGGGAAACUUCCUUGGAAAACAUUAUUUCAACCAUCAGUCAAGCUGUGUAAUGAAGGUUUUAAAGUUUCUCGACAUUUAGCCUCUAAACUUCAAAAGCUUAGGGAAAGAAUUCUUGCAGAUAAUUCUAUGAGAUUAGAAUUCUUCAAUAAUGAAACACAAGACAUUUUAAAAGAAGGAGAAGUUCUUAAAAGACCAGUUCUUGGUACAACUCUGAAUAAAAUUGCUGAAAAAGGUGCUGAUAUUUUAUAUACUGGAGAGUUGAAAGAUCAGCUUGUUGAAGAUAUUUCAAAAUGUGGUGGAAUUAUAACAGCAGAAGACCUUACUAACUACAAAGCUGUUAUAAAACCUUCUGCAAAAGUACAACUUAAUGGCCCUGUAAAAUUGAUGUUACAUACUGUACCAACUCCAGGAAGUGGCCUGAUUCUGAGCUUCAUUUUAAAUGUGUUGAGUCACUACAACAUGACAGCUGACAAUUUUACAAAUACAGAUGAUGCUGCAUUGAUGUACCAUAGAAUUAUUGAGGCAUUUAAAUUUGGAUUUGCUCAUCGAAGCCAUCUUGGUGAUGAUGCAUUUGUUAAUGUUACAGAGGUCCUUUCAAAUUUACAAUCUAAAACAUACACUGAAAAUAUAUGGAAACAAAUAUCUGAUAUGGAAACCUUCCCAGUUAAUCAUUACAAGCCUUUACAAGUGAUUUCAGAUGAUCAUGGAACGGCUCAUGUAUCUGUUAUAGCUGAAAAUGGUGAUGCUGUUUCUGUCACAAGCACUGUGAAUACAUAUUUUGGAAGUUUAUGUCGUUCUUCUUCAACUGGCAUCAUAUUCAACAAUGGUAUGGAUGACUUCUCUUCACCCAACAUAACAAACUAUUUUGAUGUGCCUCCUUCUCCUGCAAAUUACAUUGAGCCUGGGAAAAGACCUUUGUCUUCAAUGUGUCCAACAAUAGCUGUAAAUAAUGAAGGAGAUGUUCAUAUGGUUAUUGGAAGUGCUGGAGGCACUCGUAUGAUUACUGCCUCUGCACUGAGCAUAAUUCGAAAUUUAUGGCUAUCCGAAGAUAUUAAGAAAGCAACUGAUGCCCCUCGCAUCCAUCAUCAACUACUUCCUAAUCAUCUUCAAUUUGAAGACACGUUCCCAAAGAUAUAUUUGGACAAACUGGAAGACUUUGGGCAUAUAACUACCAAAGAAAACCAAGGCAGCAUAUUCCUUGGCAUAGUGAAAGAAAAUGGCAAAUGGCAAACUAAUGUUGAUUUCAGAAAAGGUGGUUCAGCUGAAGGAUAUUGAACCAAAUGCCCUUAACUCAAAGUGAUGUGCCUUAACGCCACCUUCACCGUAGAUUUUCCAACUAAAACAAUAACUUUCAGAUGGGAGCGAACUUUUUUAUGAAGUAUUUAUUGCAACUGCAUAUAAUUUUUAAAUUUGUGAUGGGAUUUGUUUCUUGUCUGGAACAAUGAAAUUUGUACAGUAUUAAAACUUUUAUGUUUCUCUAA